AUGUCGUCGCUCGUGCCUGUCUGUCGUGUCGUGUAUGUGAGCGGUCCCGCGGUUACGUCGGCGUCGCCCGUCGCGUCCGCGCCGUCUUCCCGAACGUCGACGCCGCUGCGAUGCCCUUCGUCGCCCGGCCGACACUCAAGUCGCGGCGGGGCGGGCCGCGGCCUCGACGCGAGGCGAGACGAGGCGAUCGCGAUGUCGCCGAGCCGCGCGUGA